AAAUAAAUAAAAUUUGUCAAUCUUUUUUCGGUCGUCUUUGGUCAAAAAUAAAUCGCAUCAUUUACUUUUGUUCGUUUUCUUGUGAAUGAUUUUCACAUUUUUCCCGAAUAGAGACGAAAACAAGGAACGUGUAUAUUGUAGUGAUUUCAUUUAAAUGUUUUCAAUUAAAAAAAUUUGACGGUCACAAAAAUGUUUUUCGAAAAUGUUGCAAGUUAGAGGUAGAAAAGACGUAGAAAAAUAACAAAUCACAUUUUAUGUAUUGUUAGCCGCGUUUUUGCUUGCUGGUACAAGCUGUCUCCGCGGCGCGCACACACACAAGGUGAACAAACGAAUAAAAGUGUGUUGGCAUUUUUCGAUUUCUAACGGUACGCGACACAUAUAUUUUGCCAAUCGUCUGGACGAAAUGAAAUUUAUGAUUCGAAGAAAAUUAGACUGCCAUUAAACCAUAAAAUAUGCGGUCACAUCUAUCUUGAGCAUAAAAUAAUUUAGUUCCAUAGAGUUUAUAACCAUUUUGUUUUUUGUUAUUGUUAUUUCAUGAUGAAUAUGAGGCAAUGAAGCCUGUGAAAAUAUACACCGAAUCAAUCAAAAUAAUCACAUAUUCAUAAUAAAAUUUCCUUGCAAUUAUUUUUAUUUAUAUAUGCAUAUAUAUUAUGUUUUAGUUAUUUAUUUGGCUGAUACGAAAUGCAAUUCAAAGAGCAAUCAAAACCCACAAAAGAAAAACGAAUAAAAUUCGAAAUUUGUAUAUUUUUGUAGUAAAAAAAGGAGAAAAAAAUUUAAGAAGAAGAAAAAAUCGUAAAAGAACCCCAAACGCAGUACAUAUAUGUACAUUAUAUAGAACAAUGUGUUUACAAUUAGUUUGUUGAAAGUUUGUUGUUAUUUACUAAAAGAAACUAAAGUUUUUCGUAGGAUAUUUUGAUUUGAUAUUCACGUGACAGCACGUGCCAGAUAGUUUUGCUUAGAGUCUUAGUAGCGUGCACGAAGACUUUGAUUUCAUUCAAAUAUCGACAAGUAGUUGCAAUUAUAUCACGAAUUAAACCAAAAAUUAUUAGCUUAAUUGUAACAAUAAGUAAGCCGCAAAUGAAUUUGUCGUUUUUUUCAAUAUCAAUUCGAAUAAUACACACAUACACACACAUAUUUUUGCUAUAAGUGAGAUAAUUCGAAAGAAAGGAGUUUUCAAUUGAAAAAGAGCAUGAGUGUUGUAGAAAAAAAGCGCGAACAGUGAUAGGGAUUCACUUGUGAGAUUGCGAUGUUGUUGUUGCUUUUUUUUAUCCUGCUAUUCGGAUCAACAAUUAAACUACUCGCUCAAUGUCCUGUGAUAAAAAAGACAGUGGUGAAUUGAAUAAUUUUUUUAAAAAUCGCAGUAGCUGCAACUCUAAGCAACAGAAACAUCAAACCAAAUUUUAUGGUAACCAUUUCCAGUAAACCAUGAUGAAUAUGGAUUUUAAUUUGGAUUAUGUUGAUGGAAUAUUCAGUAAAAAAGUCAUAAUAUCAAAGGAGAUAUGCUUCGGCUGAUGGUUCCCGUAUUGUCGUUAUUAUUAUUAUUAUUUUUUUAUUUUUAAUUGACUUGGCGACAAUUGAAUCCAGAGACCAAGAACGACCAGAAAUGUAACCGAAUUUUUAAACGCCGUAAUAAUGUGACAAUAUAUAACAUAAAACUGAAUCAUUUACAACAAACACAACAUAACAAACAUCAACACGUAAAGCAACCGAGAAAGAAAGCAAACGACGAAGUUAAAUAUAACGCGAUCAUUGUCAAUUUUGUGAGAAAAAAAAAACCGAAAUAAAAUCAAUCUAAUUAAUUAGUAAUUGAUUGUUCUGAGGUGUUAUCCCAUUUGUUAAACAAAAACGCAAUUACACAAUUACAUAUCAAUUAUCACAUUCACACAACCAAAUAAAAUAUCAACAAUCAAUUUAUUUUUUCAUCUUGCAAAAAAGUACUUUGCAUACGUUAUUACACAUACACACAUACACAAUUCACAAAAUUUCAUUCAAUUUAACGGCGAAUGAGAAACAAAAAACCAUUUAUUGUAUUACGCGAAAACGCUCGAAAGAAUAUACAUUGCAAAUGCUUUGACUGUUUAAUUUUGGUAAAUUGACGUCAACCGUAUUAUUCAUGUGCUAAGUGUGCUUGCUUCCAAAAUACGCUAUGGGAAAUGGAAUGGAUAAGGUCCUUCCCGGUUUGUAUGUUGGCAAUUAUCGGGACUCAAAAGAUCAGCAACAAUUAGAGAAAUUUAAUAUAACGCACAUUAUUGCCAUUCAUGAUAGCCCCCGAAGACUUAUACGAGAUAAACAUUAUUUAUGCAUUAUGGCAUCGGACACACCGGACCAAAAUCUAUCACAGUAUUUUUCUGUCUGCAAUGAUUUUAUACAUGCAGCCCGUUUGCGUGAUGGUAACGUUUUGAUACAUUGUUUAGCGGGAAUGUCACGUUCGGUUACGGUUGCGGUUGCUUAUAUUAUGUCUGUAACCCAAUUAUCAUGGAAAGAAGCAUUGAAAGUGGUUCGAACAGGACGAUCGGUUGCCAAUCCAAAUCAAGGAUUUCAAUUUCAACUGCAAGAUUUUCAGGAAAAUAAAUUGACCGAAGAACGAAAACGUUUGAAAGAGCGUUUUCCAACAUUGUCGAUGGAGUUAUCGGACAAAAAUUUGUGCACAGUGGCUUUGAACAGUUAUGAACAACUAUUAUUAAAUAAUGAUAUUUGUGAAGGAAAUUGUGUGAGAGGUCAAAGCUGUCCAACAGGGGUUUGCAAUGCGGAUACAAGACAGGGUAUUUUUCGAAAGAAAUCAAAUGCAUCGCGAUCACGACUGUCGAUCAAUCAAAAUCGACAAUCAUCAUCAUGUCCAUCAUCACCGCGACAAGGUUUGCGACAAAAUAACAGCACAUCAUCAUUAAGUCAACUCGAUGGAAAUGCAUCGAGUACAUCAUCUUCAUUGCACCGAAGUGCAAGCACAAUGAGUGCAAUUCGACCACGAAGUAGUCCAUCUGGUCUAUUUUCAUAUACAGGAUCCGCUCCGCCGUCCGUCCAUGGAUCGCGCGUUGAUUUAUCAAAUUUGGACAAGGGUUCGGCCAUUUAUUUGGGCUGUACACCGCCACGACAAAAUAGCUUUUCGGCUACAAGUGUGGUCGCUCCAGCGACUGGUGCCAUUAGCAAAUUGUCGGGCAGUCGAGCAAGUGGAGUCGGAGUAUCAAGUUUAUCGAUCAGUGGACGAUCAACAAAAUCACCGAAAAAUACGCCACCGGCCAGUCCAAAAAAGAAGAAAAAUCAAACCAAAUUGACUUCAAAAAAUAAAAUGACUGCCUCAACAACGACACCGUCAUCAAACCAAAAAUCGAGUCCAGCGAAAGCAUUAAAACCAACGACCGGAGAAAAAUCGAAACCACCAAUGACGAGCUCAGCUGCUAAAAUAGACAAGAAAAAAUCAUAAAAGUUCGAUCUCUUUUUCACGUGACAUUUAACCUAAAAAACAAAAAACAAAGUACAUACAUAUUUUUAGUGACCUGUUUUUGAUGAGAGAUGCAUUUAUUUAGCAGUAACACACUAUUUACUUAGAUGUAAUAUCGACAGACAAACAAACAAGCAAAAAAAAUCGCCUUCAAACACUUUAUUUGAUUAUUUGAAAUUGUGCCAUUGUUGUGUCACUGUCGCCGAACUGUGAUGCAAAUAAUUUUUUUAUUGUGACAAAUGUGUCAAUUUGAAGUGAUACAACAUAUAAUAGAUGAGAUAGUAUGGUUAAGAAUGAUUUUAUGAAUUGUCUUAAGACGAACCGCAUGGAAUGGUUGAUUGAAUCGGAGUACAAAUUGAAAUAAAUAACAACAACAACCAAAUAGAGAAAGAAAAAAAUGAAAAAAGAAUUUAAACCAUCGAUAGAAACUAGGACCCACGUAAGCAUCUCAGGCGCACGUCAAACGCGAAAGUUCGUUCCACAUGGAAUGCCACCGCUCAACUUUCAACAUUCACCUUUAAACAAAAUUGUUGCCAAACUAAAAAGAAAUCAUUAAGCAAAUCACUUAGACGCUCAUCGUAUUAUGGCAUACGCUCAUAUGGCAUGCAACGCUCUUUCAAACUGACGAGGCACACGAUCAACUUUUAUCACUAGAUAUAUAUCAUAAUGAUCUUAUCCAAUAUGAUGAAAUAUAUAUAUAUAUCAUAAACUCAGCUUUAAUUCGAAUUCAACUAUAUGAAGAGGAGAAAGAUUUACAAAUAUAAGGGAUCCAGUUACAUUUGAAUUAUACACCGAAUAUAAAAUAUUAUAAUGUGAAAAGAGAGUAUGUAUAUAGAUGUGAGUUAUACAUUAGAUAAAAGCUUUAGAGAAUUGUGCAUUUGAUAGAACUAACAAACAUGAGAAAAAAUAUUGUAAACGAAUUAUGCAUAAAUGCAGUGUUCUAGUUCAUUUAUUUUUUUUACGCAUUUCCGGAACUAUGGACAAGACUGAACUAUUAAAAAAAAAAAAACGGUUUUAUUGUAAGAGUAAAUUAAGUUCGACACUUUUUGGCGCAACAAUGGCAACAAUUUGUUUCUUCUUUUCAAUUUAACUAAAGCAACCAAUCCAAAUUUGUAACUCCUAGGAAUAUAUUUGCAAAUCAAUUUUUUCAAAAAAUGAAAAUAAUGCAAUGCCAAUCUGUUAAUAUGUACAAUGAACCCAACAAAGUGCUUUCUUGAUGAGUUGAAUAAAAUCAGUUUGCUUAGUUGAA